CUCCUAGCCCGGGGGAUCGUGGGAGCAGGCCUUUCCGGAAGGACCGGUUUGGCGUCGGGGCCUCGGCCCGUGUUGCAGACCCGUGUUCCAGGCCCUUGCUCCAGGACGGGCCCGUAGCCGCGGCGACGGUCUAAGGACAGCGGAGGGCGCGGCGGGCCGCUCGCUGAGGUGCCCGGCUUCGCCGCCGAGCGAGCCGCCGGGCCGCAGGACGUGGCGUACCUCCCCCUUGGCCCGGAGCGGAACUGCGGGAGGAGCGGCAACGCAGGCCGGACGAGGUGAACCGGGUCACUAAACUGCCUUCAGGUGAUGAAUCAUCUACAUAAUAAUCAGAUUUGGGGUCCACAUCCCUCUGUGGUCCUGCUAUAGAACAAUUUUCAGAGAGUGACUGGUGUGUUCUGAGGUGUGCCACAGUGACUGUUUGCCCUUGAUAAGGAAAGCAAGCUCUCUUGCUCUUGGGACAUCCUCGUUUCCUUUAAAGCUUUCAGGUCAUAACCUCUUUGGCCGGCAUACAUCUUUGUGCAAGAGGAAGGCUUUCACAUGAAAGUGUCUCUUGGUAACGGUGAAAUGGGCGUCUCCGCCCAUUUACAGCCUUGCAAGGCAGGAACCACGCGUUUUUUUACCAGCAAUACUCACAGUUCGGUGGUUUUGCAAGGCUUUGAUCAGCUUAGAAUAGAAGGAUUGCUUUGUGACGUGACCCUGGUACCAGGUGAUGGAGAUGAAAUCUUCCCUGUUCAUAGAGCUAUGAUGGCGUCUGCUAGUGAUUAUUUCAAGGCUAUGUUCACAGGUGGAAUGAAAGAACAAGAUUUAAUGUGCAUUAAGCUUCAUGGGGUGAACAAAGUUGGUCUGAAGAAAAUAAUUGAUUUUAUUUAUACUGCAAAACUUUCUCUUAAUAUGGACAAUCUUCAGGACACACUUGAAGCUGCCAGCUUUUUACAAAUUUUACCUGUUUUAGACUUCUGUAAAGUGUUUCUUAUCUCAGGAGUCUCUUUAGAUAACUGUGUUGAAGUUGGACGAAUUGCUAACACCUACAAUCUUAUAGAAGUAGAUAAAUAUGUCAAUAAUUUCAUCCUGAAGAAUUUUCCUGCAUUAUUGAGUACUGGGGAGUUUCUAAAACUCCCUUUUGAACGGCUUGCCUUUGUGCUUUCCAGCAAUAGUCUUAAGCACUGUACUGAACUUGAGCUUUUCAAGGCUGCCUGUCGCUGGCUAAGGUUGGAAGAUCCUCGGAUGGAUUAUGCUGCAAAAUUAAUGAAGAAUAUUCGAUUUCCACUGAUGACACCACAGGAUCUCAUCAAUUAUGUGCAGACAGUAGAUUUCAUGAGAACAGACAAUACCUGUGUGAAUUUGCUUUUGGAAGCUAGCAAUUACCAAAUGAUGCCAUAUAUGCAGCCAGUGAUGCAGUCAGAUAGAACUGCCAUUAGAUCUGACUCAACCCACCUGGUUACAUUAGGAGGCGUUUUGAGGCAGCAGCUGGUUGUCAGUAAAGAAUUACGGAUGUAUGAUGAAAGGGCGCAAGAGUGGAGAUCUUUAGCCCCCAUGGAUGCUCCUCGUUACCAGCAUGGCAUUGCUGUCAUUGGAAACUUUCUUUAUGUAGUGGGUGGUCAAAGUAAUUAUGAUACAAAAGGAAAAACUGCCGUUGAUACAGUUUUCAGAUUUGACCCUCGGUAUAAUAAAUGGAUGCAGGUUGCUUCAUUAAAUGAAAAGCGCACGUUUUUCCACUUGAGUGCUCUCAAAGGACAUUUGUAUGCCGUUGGUGGGCGAAGUGCAGCUGGUGAGCUGGCCACAGUAGAGUGUUACAAUCCAAGAAUGAAUGAGUGGAGCUAUGUUGCAAAAAUGAGUGAACCCCACUAUGGCCAUGCUGGAACAGUGUAUGGAGGCUUAAUGUAUAUUUCAGGAGGAAUUACUCAUGAUACUUUCCAAAACGAGCUCAUGUGUUUUGACCCUGAUACAGACAAAUGGACUCAGAAGGCUCCAAUGACUACAGUCAGAGGUCUGCAUUGCAUGUGUACAGUUGGAGACAAGCUCUAUGUCAUUGGUGGCAAUCACUUCAGAGGAACAAGUGAUUAUGAUGAUGUUCUAAGCUGUGAAUACUAUUCACCAACCCUUGACCAGUGGACACCAAUUGCUGCCAUGUUAAGAGGUCAGAGUGAUGUCGGAGUUGCCGUCUUUGAAAAUAAAAUCUAUGUCGUAGGUGGAUAUUCUUGGAAUAAUCGUUGUAUGGUAGAAAUUGUCCAGAAAUAUGACCCAGAAAAGGAUGAGUGGCAUAAAGUUUUUGACCUUCCAGAGUCCCUUGGUGGCAUUCGAGCUUGUACUCUCACAGUUUUUCCACCUGAAGAAAACCCUGGGUCACCUUCCAGAGAAUCACCUCUGUCAGCACCUUCAGAUCAUUCUUAGGACCAAGGUGUAAAAUACCUUUGCAGUGCAUCAUGGAUGAUCCCAUACUUCCCCUUCAGUUGUAUCUUCUUACAUUGAUUGGUACAGUUAUUAGAUAAAAAGACAAAAUAUACUCCUACAGAAAAUUUCAUUCAAAACUACAGAAGCAUACUAUCAGAAGUAAAACCAACGUUCUAUCCGCAGCUCAACGAUUGAAAGACCUUAGG